AUGAGCGCUCGCUGGAUGCUAGACCUAACUUUUCGGUCUGAAAAGUUGGGAAUCUUCAUCGCCACCUUUUCCAACAUUAUCCUUCUCGGCAUGCUUACUUUCAAGGCUACGAACUCAUACGGUGCCUAUCGUCAUUUAAUGUUCGCCUAUACCAUCAUUGAGAUGAUCUACUCAGUCUUGAGUUUUAUGGCAGGAAUGGUGGCUCACAGUACCGACAAGGCUUUUGUAGUCUUCAGUCUUUAUUAUGGUUAUGUCAAGAGAUCAAUUGCGCCGUUGUUCUUGGUCGACUUCUGUGGAAUCUACUUCACCUUGCUUCUCCUUCUUGUUGUCCAUUUCAUCUACCGCUUCUUUGUUGUUUGCGAUUUCAAAAAGUUGGAGUACUUCAAGGGCUAUUACUUGUUUUUCUGGGUGUUUGGCUCUGUCAUCUGCGGUUUUUCAAACGCUCUCUUAAAGUUUUUCAUGUUCCCACAGAAUGAGCGUUUGAGUAAUGAGCUGAGCAAUGACUUCAUGACCUACUACAACCUCACAAUGGAUCAAAUUGUAUACAACGGUCCCACUUAUUAUAUAUGUGAUAUCUCGGGGAAAUGUGAGAGACCUCUUGGUGAUUGGAUCUUUAUGAUAUACCUAUCUGGUGCGCUGGUAGCCUCAGUGUUCAUAAUGUGCUACUGUGGGUAUCGGUCAACUCAAAAGCUUAACAAAAAGGAUCCAAAUGCGAGUGUCAGAACCAAUGAGCUACAGAAGCAACUGAUGACAGCUCUGAUCAUUCAGUCCGUCAUUCCAAUCGUGUUUAUGUACAUCCCAAUAAUCCUUCUCUUCGUCACCCCAAUGUUUCGCGUUGGCUUUGGCCCAUAUGUUAAUAUCGCUAUGGCCACUCUUGCCAUUUAUCCCCCGAUUGACCAAUUCGCUAUAAUUUAUGUCAUUAAGGAUUUCAGAACUGUUAUCAGAGACUUCUUCAACUGUAAGAAGAAAUCCGUCAGUGCGACGUCCUCCGCUGCUUUCGUAUCUUCUCGAGGGAGCUACAGGGCGAACGCCUUCUAA